AUGCGGCGCGGCCCGGGCGGCGGCGGCAGCGUUGGCGGCGGGCGCGAACGACGGGCGCCGAAGCCGAGCGAGCAGUCGAGCAGGCGGCGUCCCGGGUCGGGCGCACGGAGGGCGGCGGAGGUGCUGCCCGAAGCCAUGGUGAUCAUGUCGGAGUUCAGCGCGGUCCCCUCGGGCACCGGCCAGGGCCAGCAGAAGCCCCUCCGGGUGGGCUUUUACGACGUGGAACGGACCCUGGGCAAAGGCAAUUUUGCGGUGGUUAAGCUGGCGCGGCACCGAGUCACCAAAACGCAGGUUGCAAUAAAAAUAAUUGACAAGACUCGGUUAGAUUCUAGCAAUCUGGAGAAGAUCUACCGGGAGGUCCAGCUGAUGAAGCUCCUGAAUCACCCCCACAUCAUCAAGCUCUACCAGGUUAUGGAGACGAAGGAUAUGCUUUACAUUGUCACGGAGUUUGCAAAAAAUGGAGAAAUGUUUGAUUACCUGACUUCGAAUGGGCACCUGAGUGAAAACGAGGCUAGGAAAAAAUUCUGGCAGAUUCUGUCGGCAGUAGAGUACUGCCACAACCAUCACAUAGUUCACCGGGACCUCAAGACUGAGAACCUGCUGCUGGAUGGCAACAUGGACAUCAAGCUGGCAGAUUUUGGAUUUGGGAAUUUCUAUAAGCCAGGAGAGCCCCUGUCCACGUGGUGUGGGAGCCCCCCAUAUGCAGCUCCUGAAGUCUUUGAGGGGAAGGAGUACGAAGGUCCCCAGCUGGACAUCUGGAGCCUCGGCGUGGUGCUGUACGUCCUCGUCUGUGGCUCCCUUCCUUUUGACGGACCCAACCUGCCAACACUGAGACAGCGGGUGCUGGAGGGCCGGUUCCGCAUCCCCUUCUUCAUGUCUCAAGACUGUGAGACACUGAUCCGACGCAUGCUGGUAGUGGACCCUGCCAAGCGCAUCACCAUUGCCCAGAUCCGCCAGCACCGGUGGAUGCAGGCUGACCCCACCCUUCUGCAGCAGGAUGACCCCACCUACUCCAUGCAGGGCUACACCUCCAACCUGGGCGACUACAAUGAGCAGGUGCUGGGCAUCAUGCAGGCCCUUGGCAUCGACCGGCAGAGGACAGUGGAGUCUCUGCAGAACAGCAGCUACAACCACUUCGCUGCCAUUUACUACCUCCUGCUGGAGCGCCUCAAGGAGCACCGAAGCACCCAGCCCUCAUCCCGGCCCAGCCCUGCACCUCCCCGGCAGCCCCGACUCCGAAGCUCGGACCUCAGCAGUCUGGAGGUUCCUCAAGAAAUUCUCCCAUGUGACUCUUUCCGGCCCUCUCUGCUGUGCCCGCAGCCCCAGGCCUUGGCUCAGUCUGUCCUGCAGGCCGAGAUGGACUCUGACCUCCACGGCUCACUUCAGCCCUUAUUCUUCCCUGUGGAUACCAACUGCAGUGGUGUGUUCCGGCACCGUUCCGUCUCUCCCAGCAGCCUACUGGACACAGCUAUCAGUGAGGAGGCCAGGCAGGGUCCUGGCCUGGAGGAGGAGCGGGAGGCCCAGGAACCCUUGCCUGGCAGCACAGGGCGGAGGCAUACACUAGCUGAAGUUUCCACCCAUUUCUCCCCAUUCAACCCUCCUUGCAUAAUCGUCUCCUCCUCUGCCACAGCAAGUCCCUCAGAAGGAACCAGCUCUGAUAGCUGCCUCCCGUUCUCUGCAAGUGAAGGUCCUGUGGGGCUUGGUAGUGGCCUGGCCACCCCAGGGCUGCUGGGCACCAGCUCUCCAGUCAGAUUGGCUUCGCCUUUCCUGGGCUCACAGUCAGCCACCCCUGUGCUACAGGCUCAGGCGGGUCUGGGCAGAGCUGUCCUGCUUCCUGUCAGCUUCCAGGAGGGACGGAGGGCAUCAGAUACCUCACUCACUCAAGGGCUGAAGGCCUUUCGGCAGCAGCUGAGAAAAAAUGCGAGGACCAAGGGGUUCCUGGGGCUGAACAAGAUCAAAGGAUUGGCACGCCAGGUGUGCCAGUCCUCCAUCCGAGCUCCCCGGGGAGGCAUGAGUCCCUUCCACACCCCAGCCCCAAGCUCAGGCCUGCAAGGCUGCACGGCCAGCAGUCGGGAAGGCAGGAACCUGCUGGAAGAGGUGCUACAUCAGCAGAGGCUACUCCAGUUACAGCACCACUCAGUCACCUCUUCUGGCUGCCAGCAGGGCCCCCAGCCGUCCCCUGCCCCGUACAUGUUCACUCCCUGUGAUGGCCUCCUCAUGUCUGGGAUCCCACUGCUGCCAGCGCCGCUCCUCCAGGCUGGCAUGUCCCCCGUGGCCUCUGCUGCACAGCUCCUGGAUACCCACUUGCACAUCAGUGCCGGCCCAGUGGCUCUACCGACUGGGUCCCUGCCACAGUGCCUCACCAGGCUGGCCCCGAGCUGUGACCCUGCUGGGCUGCCACAAGGGGACUGUGAAAUGGAGGACCUGACCUCUGGCCAGCGGGGGACAUUUGUCCUGGUACAGUGAGAGUGGUCCUGCGGCGCCCCCCGCCCCCCCCUUGGUCCAUUGACUCUUCCAAGCAAUAAUUUCAGAGUAUGUGAAGAUGGUUUCGGACUCAAAGCCAAGAACUUUUUAGAAGUGAAACAAGCAAUAUGUUUGGUGUAUGGGCUUUUUAGGAUUUUUGUUUUGUUUUAAUGUUUUCCUUGCACUGAGUGACCUCAAUGAUCAGUAGGGACUGAAA